UCUGAAGGAAAGGAAAGCAUACUUACCUGGCGUCGAGGAUACCGUGAUCAUGAAGGCGGUUCCUCCAGGGUGAGGCUCUUCCAUUGCACUUCGGUAGAGCUGACCCCUGUGAAUAUCCCUAAUGUGGAUAUCUCGGACGUAUUAUUUUUGUUAGUCGGGACUGCGUUCGCGCUAUCCCGGAUAAAUUAUUUCAAACAUAAAUUCUUCAUUUCUAAUAUUUACAUACUCUAAGUCGAGAUGGUUUCUAUGACUUCCAAAGCUAGAGUGACCAAUAAUUGAUCAUAAGUACCCAGCGACUGCUCAUUUUGGACUUAACUGACUGAGUGUAACUCGUCAGGAGGAAUUUUUUUCAACUCUAUUUAGAGUUUUGGCUCAAUAUGAAAUUAAAUCUGCUUCACAAGUAGAUAUACAGUUUUUAAUACAUCUCAACUAGUGUAAAAAAAACUUUGAGAUCACUUAUAAAAAAACAAGGAAAAUUGAUAUGUCAGAUUCGUGCGAAUCAAAUUUUAAUUGGUUAGGAAAAUUUUGCUAUUUCCUCGCAGCAUUCGUACAGAAAAUUAUUAUUAAGUAAAAAAAAUUGUACUUCAAUAUUUCUUUUAAUAAAAUAUUUCUCCCUACCAUAGCGUUCACAUAUAGAACGAUAAAGAUAAAAUUUGUCUUUUUAGUCACUUUUACAUGAGUUACAAAUUUGUUUAUGACGCGAAAAUUUUUGUAAGUCGGAUAUUAACAAUUUGAAUUCGCCAGUAUGAUAUUGUUAUUUAUGAUUAUUCAUCUGAUAUUAUUUUAUUUAUUAAUAGAAAAUAAAUAUGAUUCGAUAUAAUUAUAAAAAUAAACAAAAGAUUCUCGAGUUAAAUUAGAGUAUACUUACUAAUAGAUAAUAUUUAUAUAAAAAUAAUAAUAAUUGAAAAUGAGGUUUGAAGUAUAAAUAAAUAAAAAAAAACAUAAAAACAUUAGCGGCUAAAUUCAGAGGCAUAGCUGUCGCAAUGUCACAAACUCAGUUACUCGUUAACUAAAAAUUUUAGUUAUUUAAUACUAACGGCACAAACAGAAUUUAACGAGAUCAUAAAUAAUAUUGAAGAUAUUUUAUAGUCAUUUAUAAACGCUAAUGGAUUGUCGAGUUCAUCAUGUACUCGCAAAGGCAAUAUUAUUUUUCUCGGUUUGCCAGGUCACAUCCAAUACUGAAAUUCAUUAAUGUUUAUGAUCGUCAGUCAUUUAUACGUGAAUAUAUUUUGGAUAAUAUUUUUAUUUGCAUUUUUGCAUAUAUAUUUUUUUAUAUUACUCUUUGGUACGCGAAUCGGGUUAUAAAGAGGAUUGAAAAAUCGAACCAAGAAAUGCUAAUUACUGUUGCAGAUAAUAGAAGUAAAUUAUCAGAUGUAAUUGCGUUAAAAAAUAAACGUCAAGAAUAUGAAGAAGUUGUAAUGAAAGCUAAAGGAGCACAGAGAAUAACAACGAGGCAUUUAGAAAAUGAAAUAAAAAAAAUAAACUAUGAAUUGAUGAUAACGACUGAUAAAUUAGAGGCAUUGGAAAAAAUGCUACUAAAAAUGAAUUUCAGCGGACGGCAGUUGAAAACGCGCGCAAUAAAGUCUUUGAGUUUACACAGCAGGAAGGUGAAUGCACGGAAAAUACGAACUUUGUCACAGACUCGAUUGAAAAUGUCAAGAUUAUGGAACCGUCGUUCCCGCCAACAACUCCGCCGCCACGUAAAUACGGUAUCUUUGUCCCUCGACCGGCUAAGGGACGAAGUUCGCCACCUCGAAUCGGAUUCAAGUAAUGUUGCAUCGGCUGAAAUUUCCUCUGACGCGUCAUCGUACGGAAAUCCACGUGGUAAAGUGAGGAUAUCAAAAAUACUAUGCAAAAAAAAAAUUCCACUGGACUUAACUUCGCCAGUUGCUAAAUCACUAUUGACACCGAUAUUUCAAGGAACAAGAGCUAUUAAAUCUUUAUUUUAACUCAUAUAUAUAUUUGAAUAAAUUA